AACCCCAACGACGGAGAUCCCCUGUUCGUGCAGUUCAUCCAGAGUGAGGGAGAAGAGCCACCCCGGCGACACCAACCGCCGCUCCCCCGCCCCGCGGUCAGCUAAUCCAGCGGCGCCGCUCCCCCGCCCCGCGGUCAGCUAAUCCAGCGGCGGUGCCGUGACUCCGGUGGCCACGGGCGGACGGGGCGCAUGCGCGUUCACUCCGGCGAUCUCGGUCCCCAAGGUGCCGGCUACCAUUCUCUUCCUCGACCCGAGUCAGACCCAGCAUCUCGGCGCAGAACCGUCCGCUCUUCGGCAGCCGGUUAGUGCUCUCGCUGGGAAUCAGAGUUCGUCGAAGCAAAGCAGAGCGGGGGGACUCGGAAUUCCUUCACCAAUCAACAGAGAGAUUCCUGUUCCAGUCUGGAUUCGGAUUUGCUUCACCUACUCGGAUUGGGGGUGAGGCCUCGGCCGGCGAUCUAUAAGUAUUGGCUGUUCUCUGAUCAAGACUGCGACUUUCCAACAGAGGCUCUGCUUUAACUGGCUUGUCUUCCAACAGAGAGGCUCUGCUCUGCUCUUCUCUAAGCCAUGGAGACCUGUAGCAUAGCCAGGAUAAUCAGAUUGCAAGACCUAGCUAUGUACCGGCACAAGUUGUGCUCUCUACUCUUCAGACUUUUGCCUCAACUGCAAGGUUUCCCUCCAGGGCCUCCACUCAAGAAACUCUGCAAAGAUGAACAUGUUCAUGUGGCACUGACAGAGACCAAGAUGGUGGGCACAUUACCGGAGCUGCCGCAGGACAUCUUGAUGGUUAUCUUUGCCGCUCUCGAGAUCCCUGACCUCGUGCGUGCUGGCUCCGUCUGCUCAUCCUGGCACUCCGCAUACGCCCGUCUAUGUAACCUUGGGCAGUACAAGCAGAGCCAGACACCUUGCCUGGUCUACGCCUCUGAAUCUGAUCCUGACAAUGUUUUGUGCCUCUACAGCCUCGCCGAGAAGAGGUCCUACAAGUUAACUCUGCCGCAGCCACCUAUCCGCAGCAGGUAUCUGAUUGGGUCCUCGCAUGGCUGGCUUGUUACCGUCGACGAGAGGUCUGAGAUGUACCUUCUGAAUCCAAUCACCUGUGAACAGAUUGCUCUCCCUUCAGUGACCACCAUUGAGCAUGUGAAGUCCAUAUUUGAUGAGUACGGUGAUGUCUGCAAGUAUGAGAUAUCAUGGCACACUGGAACGCGAAGCAGUCGUAAACCGCCAUCCAUCUUCGCUCUUGCCGAGCUGAGGGGUAGACUCCAGUGGAAGGCAUUUGUAUUUCCUGAUACAUCCACAGGAAGCUACAUUGUGGUGCUCAUCCACAAUCCACAAGCUCAGCUCUCAUUUGCAAAGGCAGGGGAUGAUAAGUGGACCUGGCUUCCGCCUCAUUAUCUUUACGAGGACUGCAUUUACAAGGAUGACAUAUUGUAUGCAGUGAAUAUAAAAGGAGAAUUACACGCAUUCGAUCUUAGUGGCCCUGUGAUCACUAUGAAGACGAUUAUAACGAUUCCUGAGCAUUAUGAUUGUGAUAGUAGGUACAUCGUUCAAGCUCCAUGGGGCAGUCUGCUACUUGUGUUCAGAAUAGUUCAUGACCAUGAUUUAGAACCUCAGCCUGGUGCAUCUGAGUACUGGAACACUUCGGAAAUUAAAAUAUGUGAGCUUGAUGCUCUAUGGACUAAAAUUAAGGUGAUCAAUUGCCUGCGUGACCAUGUGUUAUUUCUUGGUCAUAAUCGAUCACAAUGCCUCAGUGUUAAUGAAUUUCCUGCUCUCAAGGAAAAUCAUUCCUAUUUUACCGACGAUAAUUUUCUAUGGACAGUGGGACAUACGAAUAAUCAUCGUGAUAUGGGAAUUCUGAACUUGGAUGAUAACAACAUGGAGGAAAUUUUGUCUCCUCAGCUUUGCUCCAACUGUCCGGCUCCAAUGUGGAUUACUCCUGAUCUUAGAAAGAUGAACCUGAUGGGCUCAAUGAGCCAACAACCGUGAAGUGAACUGCUACAUUCACAAUUAACACAAAGUGCAAGACACUACUUGAGAGAAGUCCUGUUUGUGCUGCAAAAAUGGCCUGCCGAGGGAGUGCUCAACAUCAACAUCCUUUUCUGCUCAGUCUUUUGAUGACUCUAUUGGUGUUUUCAGAAAAUCAUGGACAAGAUGGAAUCAUCACGUAGUUACAGCAAUCUGACAGUGUUUAUGUUUCAAAUAGUUUGUAAUAGUUUCCUCGAAUGCUGUACACAUGUUCUUCAUAGUUUAUUGCAAAAUUUAAUAAAUACAUGUUACUUUGUUGUUGUUACAAGAAUCUAAGAGUGUAAUUUCGUACAGA